AUGUUUGCACCCCAAUUUCGCCCUUUGACCUUAAAAAAAUUUGAAAAAAAUAUUUUUCGAUUUUUCCAAAAUUUCCAAUCAAUUAAUUUCUCAACAGCCUCUUCUUUUAAAAAAUUUAAUUUUGAAUCUGAAAAUGUUUUGGAACGUUUUAUUAUUGACAGAAUACGUUCUACUGGCCCAAUAAGUGUUUCAGAAUAUAUGAAAUUAUGUGUGUCUUCUCAAUAUGGUUAUUAUGCACAAAAGGUCGGAGCCUGGUUAUUAAAUGAAUUGCAUAUGACAGGAUGGGAAGGGCCUUGGAAUUUAGUUGAACUGGGUCCAGGUUCUGGAGCUCUAAUGGUUGAUGUUUUAAAUGUUUUGAAUAAAUUAAAAUCUGAUAAUAAAUUAAAUGUUUAUUUAAUUGAAAAAUCAGCACAAUUAAUUAAACAACAAAAACAAAUAUUUGAACAACAAUUAUUGAAUAAACAAAUUUGUAUUAAUUGGUUUGAUUCUAUUGAAGAUAUUCCUGAAGGGUUUACUAUAUUUAUUUCAAAUGAAUUUUUCGAUGCUUUACCCAUCCACCAAUUUGUACGAAAUAAAGAAAAACCAAAUAUUUGGCAGGAAGUUUAUAUUCAAUUAACUACUAGUAAUGGAAAUGUUGAGAUAGAUGAAGAAGAUGGACAAAUAUUAACUGAAAAACAUUUAUGUUUUGGAUUAUCUCCAGGUGAAAAUAUCCAUACCCGUGCAUAUAUCCCCCAACAUAUCAGAAACGAUUUGUCCAGAACUAAAUGGGAAUAUAGUCCAUUGGCAACUAAAAUUACACUCGAAAUGAUUAAAAAACAUAACGGAGACAGAAAAACUCAUUCCCUUCGUGCUUAUUCAAAUCAUUCAAUUGUCGAUCCAUUAGAUUGUCCAGGAAGAGUUGAUUUAACAGCAGAUGUGGAUUUUGGGGAAAUUAAAAGAGUUAUUGAAGGAAAAUGUUUAAUUUUUGGACCUGUCGAACAAAGGCAAUUUCUAACCCAACUUGGACUUAUACAUCGAUUAGAUUAUUUACUUAGAAAAUCAACAACAACCGAGCAACGUGAAGCUUUGCUUAAUUCUUGUAAUAUUCUUGUAUCAGAUGCUGAAAUGGGGGCAAGAUUUAAAGUAUUUUCAUUAUUUCCAAAUACACUCUCUGAAAUUAUCAAAGCUAGAGGUGGAAUACCUGCCGGAUUUGCAUCUCCUUUACCUCAUUUGGAAGACGAAGAUUUAAUUAAUGAUUGA